ACAACUCACUCGAGUAAAAAAAAAAAAAAACGUACACAUUUAGCCACAGAACGCCUCCAUAAACCUUCGCAUUUCACAGAUUCGUCCGUCUUUGUGUAAUCAGAGAAUCACAACAAACAAAAAAAAAAUGGGAACCCUAGGAAGAGCGAUUUACACUGUGGGUAACUGGAUUCGUGGGACUGGUCAAGCUCUUGAUCGCGUUGGUUCUCUUCUUCAAGGGAGCCACCGCAUCGAGGAACAUCUGUCGAGGCAUAGGACGUUGAUGAAUGUGUUUGGUAAAUCUCCAUUGGUGGAUAAGGAUGUGUUUGUGGCUCCGAGUGCUUCUGUUAUCGGUGAUGUUCAGAUCGGGAAAAGCUCGUCCAUUUGGUAUGGGUGUGUUCUUCGAGGUGAUGUGAAUAACAUUAGCGUUGGAUCAGGGACUAACAUCCAAGACAAUACUCUUGUCCAUGUUGCAAAAACCAACAUAAGUGGCAAGGUUCUACCUACUCUAAUUGGGGACAAUGUAACAGUAGGUCAUAGUGCUGUCAUACAUGGGUGUACUGUUGAAGAUGAUGCCUUUGUAGGCAUGGGAGCUACACUACUCGAUGGUGUGGUGGUUGAGAAACAUGCCAUGGUUGCUGCUGGUUCUCUUGUGAAACAGAACACGCGAAUCCCUUCUGGAGAG